AUGGAAUAUAUUAAAAGACAUCACGACAUGGAUAUGGGAUCUAGUUCUUCAAUGGUUGCUUCUGCUACAUCAAUGAUGAUGGAUAUGGCAUCAUCUACAAUUAUGGACAUGGCUACUUCAUCAGCUUCUUCAUCAAUGGAUCAUUCAACAAUGUCAGGAAUGUCAGGACUGAGUCAUAAAAUGGGAAUGCAUAUGUGGUUAACUGCUGAAUUUGCUGGAUAUCCAGUACUUUUCAAAGAUUUAAAAGCAAAUACUAAAGCUCAAGCAUUUGGUAUAUUUGUAUUAUUAUUUGUUGUUGCAUUUUUAACUAGAAUGUUGGAAUUUGUACGUAAUUAUCUUGAAGAAAUUGUUUGGAGAAAUAAUAAUUAUCUUGAAAAUGAAGAAGGUAUUGUUCAACAUGGUGCUAAAUUAACAACUAUUGAAUCAGAAAAAAAUUUAGCUACUUGUUGUAUGAAUGCUAAAGAAAAUGGUAAUUUUGAAGAACAUGCUAAAACUUGUUGUACUGCUAAAAAACAUGAUUUAGAUGAUUCAGAUGAUUCAAUUGAUAAAUCAAAUUCUCCACAAAUUGAACCAAUAACUCCAAAGCGUUCAAUUUCUUUUGCUUCAAGUAUUAUGAGAGAUAUUAUUAGAUUGGCUUUAUGUAUUAUUCCUGAUUUACUAGCCUAUUCUUUAAUGUUGGUUGCUAUGACUUAUACUUUGACUUAUUUCUUUGCCGUUGUUAUUGGUUCUGGUAUUGGUAGAUUUGUUUCUGAAAGAACUAUGGAACAUUUCAGACUUAAAAGAACUCCUCCAAGAGAUUGCUGUUAG